AAGCUCACCUACCAUAAACUCUUUCACAUGACCUCAUACAUCAAAUAAAUCAUACCAAAAUCUCUUCCACAUUUAUUGCACUCACAAACUUCCCACUCUCUCAUAAAAACUUUUCCAAACCAAUCCAAAACCCCAUGCCCUAUAACAAUGCUAGUAUCUCUCAACGAAACUCUUCAUGCUUGUGUAUCAAUCUUCAUCUAACAUGUCUUAACACUCAUAUUCUUUUUUUUCUCUCCUUCCAUCGAUGACGGCGCAAGCGACUCCACUCUUUUUGCUAGCAAUAGCAUGCCUAGCGACGACGUCCUCGCUCGCCACGUCAUCGGGAGACGCCUACGUCGUAGACGCGUGCAGCGUGACGCGCUACCGCGAUCUAUGCGUCCACUCGCUGGCUUCCUUUUCCAGCACGGCCAGGAACAGCCCGAGCAUGUGGGCUCGGGCUGGGGUGUCCGUGACGAUUGGCGAAGCCAAGAGCGUCGCGCGACACCUGGCCGCGCUGAGAAAGGGAAAGGGAAGGUACAAAAGCAACAUAUCCGAUUGCGUCGAGUGCUUUGAAGAUACGCUCGACAAUCUUCAUAGGUCUUUAGGGGUGCUUAGAAAGCUUAGUGUUUCCGAAUUCGGCUCCCAAGUGGAGGAUGUGAUGACGUGGCUCAGCGCGGCGCUCACCGACGAGGACACGUGUCUCGACGGCUUCGAGGAGCGCAACACGGGAAAGCUUGUUAGGGGUUUCAUAAAUCGCGUGAACAAUGUUACUUACAUGACUAGCAACGCGCUAGCGCUUGUAAACAAACUCGCAACGGCUGGCCCAGCUUGUUUAGUAAAUUGAUCGCCAUAUAUAGUUGAAGAUUAUAGUAAUAAUUUUAGCACUUACAUGACCUUGGUGUAAUGUAUUAAAGUGUUCGGUUUUUUUUUUUUUUUUUUUAGCACGCGUUAUCUUUGUGUAUAUAGGUCGUUAAUCAUUGAAAAGGGUUUAAAUAAAGCGAUGUUUACGGAUC